GGAGGACUGAGGCCCGGUCCCUGCAGCGGAGGUGGACGCGUCGCCGGCCCCUCCCGGUGCGGACUCGGGUUGCUCGCCGACGAGCGGCGGAACCACUGGUGUCGCCCCGGGAGACUCGUCCUAGUGGCAUGUAAAAGUGCAGUCAAAGGAUUGCGUGUAAGUCUGCUUCAGCAAACCUUUUGAUGCCUGACCUUAUAGUCAAAAUUCCUGUUUAGAAAAUGGGUCCUACAAGACGCCUUGUUACCAUCAGAAGGAGCGGGGUCGACGGCCCCCACUUUCCACUGAGCCUUCAUACCUGCUUGUUUGGAAGGGGUAUUGAGUGUGACAUUCGUAUUCAGCUUCCCGUAGUGUCCAAACAACACUGCAAAAUUGAAAUCAAUGAGCAGGAGGCAAUAUUGUUUAAUUUCAGUUCCACAAAUCCAACACAAGUAAAUGGAUCUACUUUUGAUAAACCUGUACAGCUAAAACAUGGAGAUGUGAUAACUGUUGUUGAUCGGUCUUUCAGGUAUGAAAAUGAAAGUCAUCAGAAUGGAAGCAGGUCACCUGAAUUUCCAGGACAAAGAUGGGAACAGGAGCCUUCGCGUCGGGUCUCAAGAUCUAGCUUCCCUUCCAACCCUGAUGGAAGAGUUCAAGAUUCCAGUGCCCGUUCAAAAUUCACAGAAGAAGCUGCUUCAGGAAGGCCUGUGGUGCAUGGGAAGGAUGUCACAGGAGAGGGUAUUGUCUCAGGUGGCUCAGAAGAUCCUGUUGCUGGGAAAGCACCUAACAGCAUUCAUUCCUCAGAACUUCCUGGAGAUAACGGCAGAAAUGCAACAACUCCCACUGCUGGGGAUUCUCUAGAAGAUUCCAGUGUAACAUUCGGGAGCAGUAAUGCAGAAUUGAAGGCUUCUUCCUCUAUAAAGUGUCUUAAGGGGAGUGACCAAAAUGAGUCUCCCUUUAGGAGGCUUUAUGAGUCAAUGAAGGUGGAGUUAGAUGUGAAAUCAGGAAAAGUCAGUGUUCUACAGAAUCGCAGAAAAUCAGGAUCACAGAGUCAUUGCACAACAGAAAAAGAAAGCACUGGUGGUUUACAGCGUGAGACUCUGGUCUCACUUAAAUCCAGACCAAAAUCGGGCCAAAGCCCCCAAAUUAAGGCAGACGCUGCUUCAGGAGAACGAGGAAGUAGCCAGACUGAGGGAAAGAGGCGUGAUGAGCCAUUUCAGACCCCCAAGGAGACCAGGAGUCCCAGCAUCCUCUGCACAGAGAUAGAGACGCUGAAAACCACGACCCCCGUACGAUAUUCACAACAAAGUCCCUCACGGAGUCCGUGGAGUGAAGACCUGAGUGUUGUCAAUGGUGGUGCAUCCCUGAAGCUAGAUCAAAGUGAAGGCUCCAGGGCAGAGAAUAAAACGUUUCCUCCUCGGAAGUUCUUACCUAGAAUUCAAACGCCCAUUAAAGUUGAGAGUUUUGGAAAUACACCAGAAAAACUUUGCCCCAGAAAGAGGAAGAGGAUUCCUACAAAUGUUGACGAUCUGACAACAGAAACAGAGAUUCUGCCUCAGACAAUUUCAGCUCCGUUGGUCCCUCAAGUUGAAAGGAAGAUUCAAAGCGAUUUUCUCAACAAGCCUGAGAAGCUGGGUGUGGCAGCUGAUCCGGUGUGCCCUGGGUCACCCAGUCUUAGCUCGGCUGAUGGCAGCAGCUUCGGCGAUUCCACGAAUAAGAUGGAUGGGGUGUCCCUGAAGAGGAGGCGGGUCUCCUUUGGUGGUCGCCUGAGACCUGAAUUAUUCGAUGAAAACUUACCUCCUAACACACCUCUCAAAAGAGGAGAGACGCCAAAGCAAAGACGGUCUCUGGUCACCCACACGCCAACCGUCCUGAAGAAAAUCAUCAAGGAGCAGCCUCAGCCAUCAGGGAAAGAAGACUCUUCAGAAGCCUGUCUGGAAGUGACUGCACAGAAUGCAUUCAUGAGAUCUCCAGCUCCUAACGCUGCUCCCGCUUCUCCACAUGCACCCGACCGAUGCCGUAGGUUAUCCAAGGCGUCUUCCAUCUCCAGUGACAGCAAAUCUCCACAUCAGACAGAUAUUCCCAAGAGAGGAGGGAGAAGAAGUGGCAACCUGCCCUCCAAGAGAGCUUCUGUAGAUCGAAGCCAGCAUGGCCUCUUACAGAUGAUUUAUUCCAAGAGAAGGAGUGGUGCUUCUGAGGCCAAUUUAGUUGUGGCAAAAUCGUGGGCAGAUGUGGUAAAACUUGGUACCAAGCAGACCCAGACCAAAGCUGUUAAACGUGGCCCUCCAAGACCCCUGAGCAAAAGGCAAAGAAGAACCAAUACUCCGAAGAAGCUGACUGGCAUCGUUCACAAUCAAUUUAGCACAGGCCACGCAAACUCUCCCUGUACCAUAAUAAUAGGGAAAGCUCACAUCGAGAAAGUGAACGGGCCAGCUCGGCCCUACAGGAUGCUGAACAACUUCAUGGUCAACAAACCAAUGGACUUUAGUGAAGAUCUUUCAGGGCUGCCUGAAAUGUUCAAGACUCCAGUGAAAGAGAAACCACAAAGGAUGAGCCUGUGUCCCUCCACUUUUUCAAAUUCAGAGGAUUUGCUUGGAAAAGAGCUUCCAGUACCUCAUUCAGGAGAAAAACCUCUGCUGUGCGCUUCAGAAAAUUCUGGACAGAAUGUGUCCCCCGGGGCUCAAGAUGCACCAAAAGAGCUGUCUGAUCAAAGUUCUGCAAGCCCUGCCUUAAGACGCCAGUGUAUUAAAAUAAAUGAAAGUAUUAUGAAAACUCCUAGGAACGUGUAUAAAACAACAGGUGCUGAGAUGAAAACCCCAGCAUCUGAGGCAACGACACCAAAGACAACAUCAAGUGCAAACAAGUUUAGAAGAUCCAUGGAGCUCAGAAGCUCACAGACACCAGGUGUAGAGUGUAAAAACGAAGGCCCAAAACCUGACACUCUUGAGAACGUCUUGGGAAGAUGUCUGAGGAAAGCACCACAACCAGAGCAGAAGCUGGAGGGAGACAUGAAGGAAAGUGAAACAUGUACAAAAAACAUGGAAUCAAAAGAAAAUUCCAAAAAGAUGUUAGCUCUGAGGAGAUCAAGAAUUGCUUCAGAGCUGAAGUGUGAAAUAACAGCAGACCUGACCGCCCUUGAGAGCUUGCAGGAGACAGAGCCUGAGGAAGACCAGCUGGACAUCCCAAGUCUCCUACAGACCCCAGCUCAUCCCAAGGAAGCAGUGGACGCAGAGAACAAAGCCACAAAAAUGCACUGUAAAUCUCCCAGAUCAGGAACAGUUGGCACGCCCACCAGGACAAACACACAGCUCAAGACACCUUCCUGGAAAGUGGACGUAGAAGAUGCCUCAGCCCUCGGAAAACUCACACAGACACCAGGGAAAACCAUGCCCAUGCACAAAGAGCCAGGUGAUGAUAAAAGCAUCAAAUUGUUUAAGGAAACUCCAAAGCAGAAACUGGACCCUGCAGAAAAUGUAGCUGGAAGUAAGAGGCGGCCAAGGACACCCAAGGGAAAGGCCCCACCUCUGGAAGACCUGGCUGGCUUCAAAGAGCUCUUCCGAACCCCACAUCAUGCAAAGCAACCCAUGAUUGAUGACCAAACCCCCAAAAUGCUCUGCCAAUCUCCACAACUAGAACCAGUCAACACACCAAAUAGAAAGGGACGUCUCAAAACACCUUCCCAGAAAGUGGAUGUACAGGAAGAUGUCUCAGCUCUCAGGAAGCCUCAACAAACACCAGGGGAAACCACACACUCACACAGAGAACCAGAGGGUGGUGACAGAGGCAUUGCAGUAUCUCAGGAAACUCCAGGAGAGAAACUGGACCCUGCAGAAAAUGUAGCUGGAAGCAAGAGGCGGCCAAGAACACCCAGGAAAAAGGCCCCACCCCUGGAAGACCUGGCUGGCUUCAAAGAGCUCUUCCAAACCCCAGAUCAUGCAAAGCAACCAAUGACUGAUGACAAACCUACCACAAUACCCUAUAAAUCUCCACCAGCAGAAGCAGUCAACAUGCCAACAAGUAGCAAGAGACGGCUCAAGACACCUUCCCAGAAAGUGGAUGUGCAGGAAGAUGUCUCGGCUCUCAGGAAGCCCACACAGACACCAGGGGGAGCCAGGCACUCACACAGAGAACCAGAGGGUGGUGACAGAGGCAUUGCAGUGUCUCAGGAAACUCCAGGAGAAAUGUUGGGCACUGCAGAAAAUGUAACUGGAAGCAAGAGGCAUGCAAGAACACCCAAGGAAAAGGCCCCACCGCUGGAAAACCUGGUUGGCUUCAAAGAGCUCUUCCAAACACCAAAUCACACAGUGGAACCAAUGACUGCUGACAGAAUCUUCAAAAUGCUCUGCCAGUCUCCACAACUAGAACCAAUCAACACACCAAGUAGAAAGGGACAUCUCAAGACACCUUCCCAGAAAGUGGCUGUGCAGGAAGAUGUCUCGGCUCUCAGGAAGCCUCAACAAACACCAGGGGAAACCACACACUCACACAGAGAACCAGAGGGUGGUGACAGAGGCAUUGCAGUGUCUCAGGAAACUCCAGAAGAAAAACUGGACCCUGCAGAAAAUGUAACUAGAAGCAAGAGGCCGCCAAGAACACCCAAGGAAAAGGCCCCACCCCUGGAAGACCUGGUUGGCUUCAAAGAGCUCUUCCAAACCCCACAUCAAGCCAAGGAACCAAGGACUGAGGACAGAACCCCCAAAAUGCUCUGCCAAUCUCCACCACCAGAACCAGUUGUUACAUCAACCAGCAUGACCAGACGUCUCAAGACACCUUCCCAGAAAGUGGCUGUGCAGGAAGACUUCUCAGCACUCAGGAAGCCCACACACUCACACAGAGAACCAGAGGGUGGUGACAGAGGCAUUGCAGUGUCUCAGGAAACUCCAGAAGAAAAGCUGGACCCUGCAGAAAAUGUAACUGGAAUCAAGAGGCAGCCAAGGACACCCAAGGAAAAGGCCCCACCCCUGGAAGACAUGGCUGGCUUCAAAGAGCUCUUCCAAACCCCAGAUCAUGCAAAGGAACAAAUGACUAAUGAGAAAACCACCACGAUACCCUAUAAAUCUCCAGCAGUAGAACCAGUCCCCAGGCGAACAGGUAGAAAGAGACGGCUCAAGUCACCACCAGGGAAAGUGGAUGUAGAAGAGCCCUCAGCGCCCAGGAGGCCCACACAGACACCAGGGGGAGCCAGACACUCAGACAGAGAACCAGCGGAUGGUGAUAAAAACAUCAAAUUAUCUAAGGAAACUCCAAAGCAGAAACCGGACUCAGCAGAAAAUGUAAAUGGAAGCAAGAGGCUGCCAAGAACACCCAAGGAAAAGGUCCAAUCUCUAGAAGACCUGGCAGGUUUCAAAGAGCUCUUCCAAACCCCAGAUCAUGCCAAGGAACCAAGGGCUGUUGUCAAAACUCCCAAAACGCUCUGCAUGUCCUCCCAACAACAGCUACUUGUCACACCAACCAAUACGAAGAGAUGGCUCAAGACACCUCUGGGGAAAGCGGAUACAGAGAAAGAGCUCUCAGCAUGCAGAAUGACACAGUCACCAGGGGAAACUAGGCACUCAGAGGGAGAACCAGUAGAUGAUGAUAAAAUCAUCAAAUUGUUUCCGGAAACUCCAAAUCAGAAACUGGACUCAUCAGAAAAUGUAGCUGGAAGUAAGAGGCGGCCAAGAACACCCAAGGAAACGGCCCCACCUCUGGAAGACCUGGCUGGCUUCAAAGAGCUCUUCCAAACCCCAGAUCAUGCCAAGGAACCAACGACUGAUGACAAACCCACCAACAUACCUUGUCAAUCUCCACAACCAGAACCAGUCAACACACCAAGUAGAAAGGGACGUCUCAAGACACCUUCCCAGAAAGUGGAUGUGCAGGAAGAUGUCUCGGCUCUCGGGAAGCCUCAACAUACACCAGGGGAAGCCACACACUCACACAGAGAACCAGAGGGUGGUGACAGAGGCAUUGCAGUGUCUCAGGAAGCUCCAGGAGAGAAACUGGACCCUGCAGAAAAUGUAACUGGAAGCAAAAGGCGGCCAAGAACACCCAAGGAAAAGCCCCCACCCCUGGAAGACCUGGCUGGCUUCAAAGAGCUCUUCCAAACCCCAGAUCAUGCCAAGGAACCAACGACUGAUGACAAACCCACCAACAUACCUUGUCAAUCUCCACAACCAGAACCAGUCAACACACCAAGUAGAAAGGGACGUCUCAAGACACCUUCCCAGAAAGUGGAUGUGCAGGAAGAUGUCUCGGCUCUCGGGAAGCCUCAACAUACACCAGGGGAAACCACACACUCACACAGAGAACCAGAGGGUGGUGACAGAGGCAUUGCAGUGUCUCAGGAAGCUCCAGGAGAGAAACUGGACCCUGCAGAAAAUGUAACUGGAAGCAAAAGGCGGCCAAGAACACCCAAGGAAAAGCCCCCACCCCUGGAAGACCUGGCUGGCUUCAAAGAGCUCUUCCAAACCCCAGAUCAUGCCAAGGAACCAAUGACUGAUGACAAACCCACCAACAUACCUUGUCAAUCUCCACAACCAGAACCAGUCAACACACCAAGUAGAAAGGGACGUCUCAAGACACCUUCCCAGUCACCAGGGGAAACUAGGCACUCAGAGGGAGAACCAGUAGAUGAUGAUAAAAUCAUCAAAUUGUUUCAGGAAACUCCAAAUCAGAAACUGGACUCAUCAGAAAAUAUAGCUGGAAGUAAGAGGCGGCCAAGAACACCCAAGGAAACGACCCCACCUCUGGAAGACCUGGCUGGCUUCAAAGGGCUCUUCCAAACCCCAGAUCAUGCCAAGGAACCAAUGACUGAUGACAAACCCACCAACAUACCUUGUCAAUCUCCACAACCAGAACCAGUCAACACACCAAGUAGAAAGGGACGUCUCAAGACACCUUCCCAGAAAGUGGAUGUGCAGGAAGAUGUCUCGGCUCUCGGGAAGCCUCAACAUACACCAGGGGAAACCACACACUCACACAGAGAACCAGAGGGUGGUGACAGAGGCAUUGCAGUGUCUCAGGAAGCUCCAGGAGAGAAACUGGACCCUGCAGAAAAUGUAACUGGAAGCAAAAGGCGGCCAAGAACACCCAAGGAAAAGCCCCCACCCCUGGAAGACCUGGCUGGCUUCAAAGAGCUCUUCCAAACCCCAGAUCAUGCAAAGGAACAAAUGACUAAUGAGAAAACCACCACGAUACCCUAUAAAUCUCCAGCAGUAGAACCAGUCCCCAGGCGAACAGGUAGAAAGAGACGGCUCAAGUCACCACUGGAGAAAGUGGAUGUAGAAGAGCCCUCAGCACCCAGGAGGCCCACACAGACACCAGGGGAAACCAUGCACACACACAGAGAGCCUGUAGGUGAUGAAAAUGACAUCGAAGUGUUUAAGGAGACUUUAAGGCAGAAACUGGUCUCAGCAGAAAAUGUAAUUGGCGUCAAGAGUCGGCUAAGAACAUUGAAGGAAAAGGCUCAACCCCUGGAAGACUCGUGCAGUUUCAAGGAGCUCUUCCAAAAGCUAGAUCAGGCCAAGGAACCAGUGGGUCAUGUUAAAAUCACUCCAGUGCCCUGCCAAUCUCCACCAGCCGAACCAGUCCCCAGGCGAACAAGUAGAAAGAGAUGGCUCAAGUCACCACCAGGGAAAGUGGAUGUAGAAGAGCCCUCAGCGCCCAGGAAGCCCACACAGACACCAGGGCACAUGCAGAGAGAGCCUGUAGGUGAUGAAAAAGACAGCAAGGCGUUUAAGGAAAAUUCAAGGCAGAAAUUGACCUCGGCAGAAAAUGUAAUUGGCGUCAAGAGUCGGCUAAAAACAUUGAAGGAAAAGGCUCAACCUGUGGAAGACUCAGGCAGUUUCAAGGAGCUCUUCCAAAAGCCAUGUCAGGCCAAGGAACCAGUGAGUGAUGUUAAUAUAGCCCCAGUGCCCUGCCAAUCUCCACCAGCCAGACCAGUCACCAGACCAGAAAGUAGAAAGAGGCGACUCAAGUCACCGCCAGAGAAAGUGGAUGUAGAAGAGCCCUCAGCGCCCAGGAAGCCCACACAGACACCAAGGGAUAUGCAGAGAGAGCCUGUAGGUGAUGAAAAAGACAGCAAAGUGGUUAAGGAAACUUCAAGGCAGAAACUCAACCCUGCAGAAAAUGUAAUGGGCGUCAAGAGUCGGCUAAGAACAUUUAAGGAAAAGACCCAACCCGUGGAAGACUCGUGCAGUUUCAAAGAGCUCUUCCAAAAGCCAGAUCAGGCCAAAGAACCGGUGAGUGAUGUUAAAAUCACUGCAGUGCCCUGCCAAUCUCCACCAGCCGAACGAGUCACCAGGCCAGCAAGUAGAAAGAGGCAGCUCAAGUCACCACUGGGAAAAGUAGACCUAGAAGAGCUCUCAGUACUCAGAGAGCCCAUCCAAACAGCAGGGGAAACCACGCACAGAGAACCAGUAGGUGAUGAGAACAAUAUCAAAGUGUUUAAGGAAACUUCAAGGCAGAACCUGGACUCAGCAGAAAAUGUAAUUUGUGUCAAGGGUCGGCUAAGAACAUUUAAGGAAAAGGACCAACCCCUGGAAGAUCCAGCCAGUUUCAAAGAAGUCUUCCAAAAGCCAGAUCAGGCCAAGGAACUGGGAAACGAUGCUUCUGGAGUUAAGAGAGCCCCAAAGCAAGCAGCAGACAGAAGAAGACCUGUAGAAAUAUCCCAAAGAGUCCUCAGGGCCCCUAAAGUAAGGUUCACGGGAGACCCUGUGGGCAGCAGAGACCCUGUAAAAUCACCAGGUGAAAGCUGCAUCUCCCCGUCCCCCAAGAGGAAACUGGGAGAAGAUGCAAGGGUUGUGGGAAGGAAGAAGCUAUGCCCCACGAUGGCUGCACAGGACCCUGAGGAAGAGAAACCCCUCCAGAAGAAGCAGAGGACAGCCCCCAGGGAGAGACGGGAGCCCCCCAAACCCUUGGGAGAGAAGAAGAGAAGUCUGAGGAUUCUUGCACAAAGGACUAAACCUGAGGGAAACCUGCCCAACAAUGACAUGAAAACUAAAGCUACGGAUCCACAAGGAGAAGAUGCGCACGCUCCAAAUAAGGGAAUGUCCCUGCGUACCAGGCGCCCCACUAAAACCAAUAUAGAGGAGCAAAGACCUGGGGCUCUUAUAUCAGCAGGAAAGAUGAAAAUAAGGAGAAGUGAAAUGAAGUCUAUGAAGACCUCCCAAGAGAUGAAGCUACAAAGCCCAGCAGAUGGAGCUGAGAAUCCUACCUCUGGGGGCAAAGUUCAAGAGAGAAGGAGGCACUUGAGAUCUGGGAAGCAGAAUCAGAAGACUUUGGCUGAUGCAACAGAGGAGACAGCGAGGCAGGAAAGGGUGGAAAUCCCCGUGAAGAAGCAGGAAGAGAAAGAAGCAACGGAAUAUUCAGACUUCAAGGGUUUGAGAUCCAGAAAGAUUACUCUCCGCCCUCGAGGAAACCCUUUGGAGAGUGAAUCCGAGCAGAGAGUAACCCGGGGUGCCAGGAGAUGUGCCAGCAGCCUUCAAAAGGAAAAUGACAGUGUGGGUGUCAAGAAAAUAAGAGCCAGAAGUCAUCGAGACGGUGAAGAUAAAUAGCCAAGAAGUUUAAAAGGAAAAAACAAGUAAUGAACUUAGCGAUAAGUUGCAGUACAAUAUUUGCCGUAAAUUUUAAAGUGAAUGCUGUAAAUAAUGCUGUCUGGAGGGGAGGGCAGGUUUAAGGGAAGAAAGCUUGGAAUUUUCUGACUCUGAAUAGUUUACUCAAAACCCCCAUGUGGAGGUUAUGAAGGACACUGCUGGGUCUCCUAAACUGAAAAAAAAAUUUAAAACUUGGGUGGGUGGGGGGCAGGGGCGGGGGAGGGUUUGCCAAGUGUGACCUUCAACUUGGCGAGAUGAAGCCCUGGAGUUUGUGACUUCCAUGGUCAACCCCCAUUGGCCGUGGGCUCAGGCACUUGCCAUGCUGUGUUGUAAAUGUUUCUGUGUGUGUCUGUGUCCUUCAUGUACAUACAUCCUCCAUCCAAAUGUGAAAGGCGGGGCUUCUAUCCUGCAUCCCCACCACCAAGCAGGCGCUCUGGAAAUAUGAACGAGUGGGUAUAGGGAGAGAAAAAUGAAAGUUACAAGAUAUACCUUUAUGCUGGGGAGACCUCGGGUCCAGGCACUAGGGCUGUGGGCCAUCUGCACAGGACUGUCCUCUCCUUGGUGUCCUGACCACUGAAGGGAAUAAAUGUAUGACUCGGAGGACAGUUUGUGAUGCCAUUUCCAGGGUAACAGUGAUACUUUGAGGAAUGACGGGUAGCUUGCCUUUUUCACGUUAAGUAUCUUUGUCUAAACUAGGACUGCUUUCAUCUGAGAAGGCGUCCCCCCCACUCAGUCUUAGGGCCAUUGGCCAGGGUGCCCCUCACUUCCAAACUGUAGCACCCCUCUGAGCUUUCAUGUCAUUUACAUAUUCUGAGCUUUCUGCAAAUCUGCUCUCACCUGUGUUUUCUCUGAUCACACCUGUUGGCCUGACUUAGCCCCAACAGGUCACCUUGGACAGAGAGCAACACAGACCCAAACGUUUCCCCCAAGAGAACGGCCAUUUCUGACAGCCACCGAGCAUGAGGCUCCUUUCCCCACCAUUUCUGAGUCACUUACCUGUGAGCCCAUGGCUCCUACAUCUCGUUUCAAGCCUGGACUUCCGUCUCCCUUCAGUUUCAGAGCCGUCCAUCAUCACACUGCUGUUCUGCUUUGUUCUGCUUUGUCCUCCUGUGCCUUUGUGUUCCCUAAAUCAGAAAGGAGCACACCUUCCCUCCAGUCACCUGUACGGAGUCCUCCCCGUUCACCUACCUUGCCAGGUGGAGGUAAGGAUGGAAGAUAGGAAAAGGUCGCUGUCCCCUAGAGUGUGAACUGUAACGUUGGUGCCCCUGUCUGUCUACUCCUGUAACCCCCGUGUCCGGC